AUGAAGCUGGGAGGGAUUCUCCUUAAGCUGGACUUUGAGAAAGCGUACGACCGAGUGAAUUGGGACUUUCUUGCUGAGGUGCUCAGGGGAAAAGGGUUCGAAGAGGGUUACAUCCACCGCAUAUCCCAGUUAGUGGCCGGAGGACAAACCGCUAUCUCAAUCAACGGGGUGAUUGGGCCGUUCUUCCGGAACAAGAGGGGUGUGAGACAAGGGGACCCCCUCUCUCCGCUGCUUUUUAACUUCAUUGGGGAAGCUCUUUCCGCGAUCCUUUCGGCAGCCGGGAGGGCUGGUCACAUCCACGGGGUCGUGCCGCACCUUAUUCCUGGGGGAAUCUCUCACCUCCAAUAUGCGGAUGAUACGCUCAUCCUUAUCCAGAACUCAGAUGAAGACAUUGCAAAUCUGAAGUUCCUCGUCAUGUGCUUUGAGGACAUGUCGGGUCUAAAAAUCAAUUACCACAAGAGCGAGGUGAUCGUCAUGGGCCAGCCAACUAGGGUCCAGAACCAAGUGGCCAAUAAGCUGAACUGUAAGCUAGGGUCAUUCCCGUUUAUCUACUUGGGAAUGCCCAUUUCUGAUCGCAAGUUAACCCUGGAACAAUGGCUUUUCUUGGAUGGGAACCGCACCAGCUUUUGGUUGGACUGGUGGUUGGAUUCUAGACCUCUUAAUGAGUUAUUCCCUCUCCUCUUUGCUAUCUGUGAUGAUGAGUCGGUCUCGGUUGCUAACGCCUUGCAAGGGGAGGGGCUAGCCAUUCGUUUCCGUCGCUCCUUGGACCAGGAAGGCACAAUUCAGUGGAGGAACCUGUGUGCUUUGGUGGAGGGGGUGGUGCUUUCCCCCGGCUUGGACCAGAUUCGGUGGCACCUCGACAGCUCGGGCAGUUUCUCUGUUAAGUCGCUCUAUUUCAAGCUGUCUCAGGGCACAUCGGUGGCCCAUUUCAAGGACAUGUGGGAGUCCAAGGUGCCCCUGAAGAUAAAAAUCUUUUCCUGGCAAUUGCCGCUUGAUAAACUUCCUUCCAACCUUCAGAUCGCCACUCGCCACGGCCCUUCUACGGGAGGGUGUGCCCUCUGUGGCGCUCCGGAGGAUGCAAGCCACAUCUUCUUUACCUGCUCCUUAGCUCAAUUUGCUUGGGCUGUGCUGCGCCAGUUACUCGAGUGUAACUGGAGGCCAGCUAAUUUUCCCCAAUUCCAUGCUAUCCUAUCUGGCUUUGCGGGCUACUCCCGCCGCAUCCUCUGGGUCCUGUUCUUAGCGCAAUCCUGGGCGCUCUGGACCAUCCGUAAUAAGCUUACUAUUGACAGGAAAAUUAUUAACCACCCCGCUGAUUUCAUCUACAAAUUUGUGAUUUUUCUGCAGCUUUGGAGGCCCAAGUUCAAAGGCAUGGAAAAGGAGGGGCUAUGCUGGAUGGAGCGCAAGCUGCGGGAGCUCUACGCCUCCAUGAAACCAAGAGACUGA